UGUGUCGUCAUCGGAGCGCGCAGUAGUGCGGUACACAUACACACAUCGCAUGCCUACAUAUACAUGCGAUCUAAUAAAAAAGAAUUUCCGAGCCGUCAUUUUGUCGUCGGGCAGUUUUCGCCUGCUAAUAAUUAUAAUAACACGCAUAAGCAGUGGCUCGUUUAUUUAUAGCCGCGCUAAAAUCGCGCGAGGGAUAUUACAAGUAUACAAUUUUACACGUCCCAAAGUAUAUUAUACAUAUAUAUAUACAGAAAUACCCAUCUUAUUCGCGACACGCGCACAUAUACUUCUUAUUCCCUAUUUGUAUUAUUAAAACACAUCCACGCACGCGCCCGUGUAACGAAGAGACGGGGAGCACAAAAACGGAGCGCCAGUUUUUAUUGGGUGAUCGUAGGAGCGAAAUUAUAACCAGAGAGGAGAGGAGCCCCCGAGAGAGGCGGCUCCUUCUCGGCUCCAAAAUAUAUAUUAGUGUGUGCAAUUAUAGUCCCAAGUGCGGCAGCUCCAGGAAAGUAAUAUACGUCCAGUGGUGCACGUCUCUCUCACGUGCGUUUUUGUGUGCGCGGGUGUGUUUAUACCAACAAAGGUCAAAGGUAAAGUGCAGUGCAGCCCACGAUGCAUCUAUAGAAUAACAUUUCAUUUGGAAGGAGCAGCGACGCCAAGCUCUACAUGACGGACAGUUAUUUAGUGGUGUAUACCCACGAUAAUAUAUAACAAUUGAGACACCCACAGAAGAUAUGUCAAAGUCGGAUGGGCCGAAACUCGUCACGGCGCUGUUUUCCUUCAAAGGAACGAACAACGAUGAGCUAUGUUUCAAAAAAGGAGAAGUCAUAACGAUAACACAGACGGACGAUGGCGGCUGGUGGGAGGGGACUUUGAACGAAAAAACUGGCUGGUUUCCGUCCAAUUAUGUCAAAGAGUACAAGCCUCCAGAUUCCGUGGCUUCGUCGAGCAAAGUGUCGUCCGAAAAGAGUUCGCCUGACUCGCCGGUUCAUCAAACAUUGAACCGGGACAUCGUCUUGAAAGACAUAGUUGAUUCCGAGCGAGCUAACGUCGCGGAACUCCAAGGAUUACUUAAUAAUUUCCUUCAGCCUCUGGAGGCAGCCAAUAUACUUAAAAAAGAAGAGUACAAGCAAUUGGCCGGCAACUUCAAUGAAGUUUUAGAGAUGCACCAGCGUCUUUUAGCUAAUUUAGAUAGCGCCUUGUCUCAAGGACUGGAAGCCCGAGUGGGCAACAUUUUCCUCACCCUAGCCCCUAAAAUCAAAUCCAUCCACAUGACCUAUUGCAACUGCCAUCCACAAGCAGUUUGCGUAUUGGAUCGUUACAGAGACGAGUUGAACGAGUUCAUGGAGCGAAGCGGGGCGAUAUCGCCGGGAAUCUUAGUACUUACCACCGGCCUGAGCAAGCCGUUCCGUCGACUCGACAAGUACUCGGCGAUGCUGCAGGAGCUCGAGAGGCACACGGAAAAAAACAAUCCAGACAGAGGCGACACCCAGCGCAGCGUCAGCGUUUAUCGGGAAAUCGCCGAUCGUUGCGCGGCGAUACGAAAGCAGCGCGAGCUCGCCAUACAGAUCUUGACCAGUGGCAUCAAAGGCUGGGACGGCGAGGAGCUUACCGCUCUGGGAGACAUUAUCCACGUUGGGCCUGUUACUUUAGCUUCAGGUGCCGACAGAAGGGACAGGUAUUUCGUCUUGUUCCCGACGGCGUUGCUUGUUCUCAGUACGAGUCCUCGGAUGAGUUCGUUUGUUUACGAAGGCAGACUUCCAGUAACCGGCCUAAACGUUGUCGCGGUAGAACACUCCGAGGACACGAGAUACGCCUUCGAAAUAACUGGCCCGAUGAUCGAGACCAUAACGGUGACGUGUCCCAGUCGUGAAGAGCGCCAGCACUGGAUCGAGCUGCUGAGCCAGGACCACCACCACCAUCACCAGCAACAGCAGCCAAGCCGCUCGGCCAGCGCGAACCUAAGCCGCUCGCCGACCACCCUGUCCCACGUGAGUUGUUGCAUCAGCCACCCACCGUACACCCGUCUGUCGCGUUUCUUCGCCCGGCUCGUGCGCAAGCGGCUCCUGAGUCCCGAGCUGCUCAAACGGUUACUCUACUUCGAGUACCUGUUCAAGCCCGACCUGUCCUCCGUGAGGAUGCGCAAGUGCCAUCUCGUGACCUAUUCCCUGCUCCCGGGCCGACCCCGUUCCCUGAUUUCGGAAAUCGGUAAUAAUCAGCCGCACGACAACGACGACCCCAGCAGUGGCAAGCCAUUGGCGCGAGCCCCCCGCAAGUCCUCGACCCUGAGACUCGACGUCAGAUACGUGACCGACGAGGAUGGGGAGGAACAGCCGCUCGAGGCUGAGCUCGUGCGUCUACCGGCCUCGUGCGCCUCGACCACCCUCCUCGGGGCGUUCCGUAGCAGCGAAGGCCCCAUACCCAAGCCCACGAGCCGUAGUUUGCCCCCCGUGAUGAGCCACGCCAGUGGAAGCUGCAUCCUCCCGAGCCUCGACACGGUGCCGUACCGCGAGCUCCGCUCCCACGACGACGAGCCGUCCACCGCGGCUUGCGUUGUCACCGAUCUCUCGAGGCUGCGCGACAGCGCCGAGGACUCGAAGAAUUGGCGCUCGCUGGGGAUGAGGCAGCCGCAGACCUCGCCCGGCCGUCUGAGGCGGGCCGAGUGCGAGUCGAGCCUACAGGCGGCGAUGACGGCCAGCAGUCCCAGGUCCUCGGAUUCGGGCAUGGCGGACAGUUUUCAGUACCACUCGGCCGAGCUGGGCUCGUGCUACAACGCCGGCAAGUACUGCAGCGGCCGGAGGAGCGUUGACGGGGGCCCACACAGCGAGAGCGAGAACGACGAGAACAAGUUCGAGAACCAGUGCAUUUGCACCUCGCCCUUCGGCUCGAGCUCGUCCGAGUCCUCUCCCAAGAGCUGCCUGCUGUCCUCGUCCCGCUUGAAAGACGGCGCGGCACUGCUCAACAUCAGCGACGACGACGUGGACAGUAGUAGCGAGGACGAGAAUGUCGAGCAGUGCACCUGCAACAGCAAUAACAUAGCCAGUAGGGGCGAAGGGGGAAAGAGGUCCGAGGAGGAAGAAGAGGGGCAAGGGUUGCCAGGGAAGAGGUUUGCCAAGUUGACGGUCGUGCAGCAGAAGCACUUGACCCAGCCGUUGGCGUGCGACAGGUCGCUGAAGCCAACGAGGCGGGGAAGCAGAAGGCCGCUGGGCCGGAAGAUACACAGGAACAAUGAUAAUAAUAAUCAUUACAAUAAUAGAGUGUUGGAGGAAAUCGAAGUGGAGGAGGACGCGGGACUGGAGCCGGAGCCGAGGCAGCCCGAUGGUAAUGCCGACGGGCAGGUUUUUACCUCGGGCCUAUACGCGCACUGGUGGCUCAAGAAAACGAUCCCAAUGAUGACCGACCAAGGCAAGCUUCCAUGGCAUGGCUGCUCGGGGAACCAGAGCUCAAAGACGCAACCGGUGGUGCUGGCAACGGCAGCAGCAGCAGCAGCAACGGAACAUUCCUCGCCGGUCGGGAUUAACACGCCCUGGAGCCUUGCUUCGAUCAGACCGACGCCGCCGAUUUACGGGAACAAGACUUUUGGAAAGCCGGACGCUACGGACAGCCACCGCUCCACCAAAACGUGCAAUGAACGACAGUUUGAGGAGGACGCAAUAAUUUUGAAGGUCAUCGAGGGCUAUUGUUUGUCGGCUAACGCAAGGUUCACGGUACACUCUGCUAUGUUGGAUUACUACCCGCUACAUAAGGUAAACGAUAGCGCAUCGUUUAUGCAUAGUAGAGUCGGAAAUUGGGACGCGUACGAGGACAGGUGCUUAUCGGAAACUGUUAAAGCCUUGAAGUGCCAAAUGACGGAUCUGCAAACGCAAGUCGCACAGAUGUGCAAGCAGCUGGAGGAGGAGCGCAAGUCUCGUCUAUCGUUGGCUGCAACUGUCAAGCGAAGCAUGGCCGUCAUAGACGGCACUGUGCCUUAGACAACUUCGUUUUUUUUUUGUGUCUGACACAGAUAUGUAUUUGAAACACUCGAUUUUUCUUACGCUAAUCCAAAAAUUAUAAAACGUGCUCUUUCUUAAAAGUGUAUUUGAACAUUAAGCCACAAUGCUUCAGAAAAGUUUUUGAAGAUGAAACUUAUAAACAGAUGUAAGAUUUUGUUGAAUUGUACUACUGUUGUACCGUGCUGUUUUUUAUUAGAUAUAAAAAUGAAAUUUAUAUUAGUUUUAUAAAAGAAUAAAUGCAAAAAGUGUAUAAACAAGACUAUUCGAAAAAAAGUUGAUAAAACUAAUUGUAAAUACUUUAAAUACCCGCAAGUAUUCUAAAAGCAAGCCUUUUUAUAGCCUUACUAUAGAAUUACGUACAAAAAUUACGCGAAUAAAAUGAAAAAAAAAAACAAAAGAGAGAAUUAAGGAAUGAAAAUUGUUAUAAUUCGGUCCUCAUUCCAAGA